AUGGAGUUAGACCUCCACAGGACAUUCGGAGCGCUCGUAAUAGGCUCGACAUUCGCCGUCUUCCUCUUCGGGAUCGUCACCCUUCAAUGUCAUGCCUACUAUUCCCGGUUCGACGAGGAUAGGAAGUUGUUCAAAUACCUCGUCGCAGUAGUCUGGGUUCUCGAACUCGCCCAUACGAUCGCCAUCUCCUACGAAAUCUACACCGCUACAAUCACGCAUUAUGGCCAACCCAACGAGUAUGACCGGUUUCCUGGGUUCGGCCUGGCGACGCUACUAGGAGGGUCUAUAACGAUGUGUGUCCAGGCCUUCUUUGCUUUCCGAGUGCACUCCAUCCUCCCGCCACCCUACCGUUACAUCGGCUUAUUCUGCAUCUUCCUCACCGUCGCGAGAUGUGUCACCAGUUUCUACGCCGGGAUCGAGGGCAUUAUGACGACCUCAAUGGUCGAAUAUACCGAACGCUUUAGAGGGAUGCUCGCUGCUUUAUUCAUCAGCGGCGCAGCUAUCGACGUCGUCAUUGCGGUCUCGAUGCUGUGGUUCCUAUCUGCCAAACGGGAGUCCGCUAUGCCCAAAGUUACAAGGCUGCUAGAUAAAUUGGUCGCUUGGACAAUUGGUACUGGUCUCCUGACGAGCGUGGCGGCUGUUGUUAUCGUCAUAGUCUUCAUGAUCCAAGAUCAUACACUGAUAUGGCUCGCUCUAUAUACCUUCCUGGCCAAACUCUAUUCGAACAGCUUGCUCUGCGCCCUCAACGCCCGCUCAAACCUCCGAGAAGAAGCUGCUCGAUCAUCAAUCUCCCAUUCGCGAACAAGACUUCGAGAGUUGACCUCAUCGAAUGGUCGACCAGGGAACCCGGUGAACCCUAUCUCGAUAGAGAUGAUGACAACCACGCAGAUGGAAGUAGAUGAUGUACCUAUCUUCUACACGGUCCCGCUCCAACCCCAUGCAACCCCCUCUGUCGCCUCCGACGAUGCUAACUUGAAGGGCCACGCGAGCAUGAUCGAGAAGGCCGAUGAUUACCACCAGGACGAUUUCGAAAAGGACAGAGGGAAGGAUGCAAAAAAUGGAUAUCAUGAUGUGGUGUAG